UAUCAACUGGAAGCUUCAACGCAAAAAAAAAAAAAAAUCAUUUAUCUAACUUUUCAUCUUGAAUCAUUCAUUAACAGUUUACAUCCAGACGAUGUGCGACUUCGACCUUUCUCAAGCUCUAGAGGGCUCACCUGAAUCAGACGACAGAGGAUUUGGAUCUUGCUGCUUUAACAUGAAGGAUCUCCAGAAUGAGGUCGUCAGACUCGACGAGGGACUGGACCUGGUGGUUUCCCACAACCCAAAGACCAUGCAGUGUGUAGCGUAUCUGCUGCUGGCUGUGAACAGGAUGAAAAAGUCCCGGAGUGGCAGCGGCGGGGAGCUGAGGGACGGCGACCUCUGCAGCGUGAUCAUGGACAGCGUGGUGGACGAAACGAUCGUCAAGACGACGGAGAACGUCUCCACGGGAGGGAUUCGAGGUAACUUCCAGCGCGUGAACAGUGUGAAGCUGUGCACUCUGUGUGACACUUCACAAAAAGACAUCGUCCACAAAUCAGGAGCCUUAAACCUGCAGGCCAUCACUCUGAGAGGAGGACACCGUGAGAGCAAAGUGAGCUUCAAGCUGUCGAGGUACAUCACGCCCUGCGUCUCUGCAGGUGAAGGUCAGACUGUUGUUCUGUCCAUCACCAACAGCAACCUGCACCUUUCCUGCUCUCUGAUUGACGGCAGAGCUGUGCUGAAUCUGGAGGAAUGCAGUGAGGGGGAUUUACGAACAAUCAGCAGCGAUGGAAACAUGAACCGUUUUCUCUUCUACAAGAGAGCCAGUGGACUCUCUCUGACCAGUUUCGAGUCUGUCAGGCACCGCGGCUGGUUCAUCAGCACUUCCUAUGAGGGUGAAAACCAGCCUGUGGAGAUGUGUGAAGCCGACACUGCCAGACGUCUCACCUGCUUCAAACUGAACUAAAAAAUAUUGCUCAGUUUACCUAAUCGAUUCUUUUUGUAUUUUACCUCUUCUGCCUCUAGAUGGCAUGAUCGUCUGCAUUCUUCCCUCAGCCUGCAGCGAUAAUACUGUCAGUGAGAUAGACAUAACAGAAAAUUUAGUAUAAAGCACUAAAAAUAGCUUUGCUUUAUAUCAUUUUUAUUCAUAGUCAAAAUGCUAAUUUUAUCUUCUUUGGUAGAGAAAGCUGUAACAGGAUAUUCUUUUUUUAUAUUAUUUAUAUGCAUCUAUUCUCUAUAUCUAUUAUUCAUUUUAAUUGUUACUGAAUUUCAAUUUCUUUGUCUCCUGUCUGUU